AUCCGUCUGAGUUGCAACAUGUGAGGUAUCAUGUGUAUACGUGAUUCUUGAAUAUAAAGAUACGCGAGUUACUUACAAUUACUGUCAUUGCGCGAUAUUAAAUUCUCUACGUACAAUUAGUUCCAGCAGUAACAAAUAAAUAAGUCAAAAUGCCGAAGGGAAAAACGAGAAAGUUCAUCGACAAAAAGAAUUCCGUCACCUUUCAUUUGGUUCACCGUUCGCAAAAAGAUCCAUUAGUGGCGGACGAAACGGCGCCGCAGAGAGUGCUCGUGCCAGCUGCCGAUACUCAGGCAACUAAAAUUGAGAAGAAGACAGCGCCCGAUAACGCGAAGCGUAAAGAAGAGCAGCAAAAAUAUGGCAUCUACUUCGACGACGAUUACGACUACCUGCAACAUCUCAGAGACGUUAAUACACUAUCGGUCGAGUGGCAACGUGUCGAGAACACAAACUCCAAGCGCGACAAGGAUGACAAGGAGACGAAGAUCAGCCUGCCAUCCUCGGUGUUCGCUUCAAACGUCGAGGAGAAAGUCGGUAUGCUGAAUAAAGCUGCACCAGUCACCGGGCCACAAUUGGAUCUUGAUCCAGAUCUGGUCGCCGCAAUGGACGAGGAUUUUGACUACGAUGAUCCUGAAAAUCAGUUGGAAGACAAUUUCAUGGAACUAGCCAAUGUGGAAGGUGAUGAGAGCGACGGCUCCGACAGGGAAUACGAAUAUGAAUUGAACGAAUCGGGCAAUGAAUAUGACGGAUCAGACACUUCCUCUGACGGCCACAUGGCUUUAUCUGACGAAGAGGCGGACGAAGUGGGCAGCUUAAACGGACCUCAGUACACGUUCAAAGAUGAAGAAACGAAAUCGCGAUUCACGGAGUAUUCCAUGAGCAGCAGCGUGAUGAGAAGGAACCAGCAGCUCGCACUGCUGGACGAUAAAUUUGAGAAGAUGUACGCUGCGUAUGACGAGAAUGAAAUCGGUGCUUUAGACUGCGAUGAGAUAGAAGGAUACGUCGCACACGACUCGGAUAUUCUCUUACAAUACGCUAAGGAAUUUGAGAAAAAGCAGACGGAGGACACGGAUAAUAUUACGGAACUCAUGAAAGACCGAAUGAAAAUUGUGGAGAAGGACUGUUCGGAAAGCGAAGACGAUUUAGAAAAGCUCGUUGUCGAUGCUCGUGAGAGAGACAAAUGGGAUUGUGAGAGUAUUCUUAGCACGUACAGCAACAUUUACAACCAUCCUAAAUUAAUCUCAGAGCCUCCCAAGCAACCGAAGAAGAUCGAAAUUGAUCGGAAAACCGGUAUUCCAAAACAUGUGUUAGGCAACACUGGAAAAUUAACGGCUGCAGCGUUAGCGCAAUUUGACUCGGAGAAUAAUGCUUCAAAGGGUGCACAAUCGGUAGCAGAAAGCAGGAAAUCUACUUUAAGUAUUUUAAGCAUAAGGCCUAAAGGAGAAACUCCUGAGGAGAGAAGAGAAAGGAAACAAUUACUCAAAGAUUACAGAAAAGAAAGGAGGAUAGAACGGAAGGCAAACACCGAGGCGUUUAAGGAAGAGAAGAAGCGCCAAGAGAAGAUUAGAUUAAACAAUAGGCAAAAUAUUCAAGGAAAUCGUAUACUUUAAAUUCUUCCGUGGAAACAAUAAAGUUUCUAAUCAAGAAAUGCAUUUUUAGAUGCAAAUUCUUCAAUUCUGUGUAUAAAAAAAAGUACGCAUUGUUGUGUCGUUAAGAGCAUUACUUGCAAAUAUAUAAAAAUAUAAGUUAAGUAUAUCUAUAUUGUACAAACGAUCUUACUAAAUCAUGAUUUUUCUAUAUAUUAAAAAUAUGUGUACGUAA